UAUCUGCAAAGGGGAGAGAGAAUUGCUAAAGACAUAGCUUUAAGAUGUCUUCCACUGAAUACAAUAAUUUGGUCUUCGCAAUAAGCCAGAAACUCGACGAACUGAAUGCACUCGAUCACCUUCUGUUUAUGUGCAGAGGGAAGCUGGCGUCUGGCAGCGAAGGCAACAUUCACAACACUCUGUCGUUGUGUAAAAAGUUAGAGGAACAGAAUAAUUUAAGUAUCGAUCACCUCCAGCUAAUGAAAAGGUUGUUAAAAGGUGUCGAAGACUGGGUUCUUCUUGAAAAGGUGGAGAAAUUCGAGUGCAAAAGAAAGGAAUACAAGGCUUUGCUUGAAAAGGUUAUUUCAGGACUCGACGAACUCAAUGAUGUGGAACGACUGAUCGCGAUAUGCAGGGAAAGUGUUCGCGAAGGGAGUGAAGGCAACAUUGAGGAUGUUCGCUCGCUGUUUAGAGAAUUGGAGAACCAAGACAAUCUUGAGAUUGACUAUCUCGAUGUUGUGAAGAGCAUUCUGGCUGAAACAGAGUCAAACGAGCUGUUGAAGGAAGUGGAAGAAUUCGAAGAACGAAGAAUUCGGGGAGAUAAAUCCGAAGUGAGGAAAGCACAAAGGGCAGCAUAUAUGUCAUCCGUUCGAAGCACUUUGGUAGGAGUAGUGAACAUUAAAACUGUAUUAAAAGCAGUUGCUGGCGGCCUUACAGUCGUUUCAGCAAUGGAGGUGUUGAGUCGUUGGUCCUCAUUUGAUCAACUGGUCGCUGCCGUACAAACAUGUGUGCUUCCAGCUGGUACAAGGCUAGUUCAAAUCACCGACGGCUGUGUUUGCCUCACAGUACAAGCUGAAAGUUUAUCAGCUCUUAAAACUUUGUGGAAGUUGUACCAGGAUGGAACCCUUCAGAAACGCCUGUACGAUUUCUUUGUCACUGAUGAGGUGAGGGAACUUGCCGAUGGAGAGGAUGUGGAGGUGAAUGUCACCAUUGAGGAAGACGAAUAUCAGAAAGGCUGUCUCCAGCUGACCAAUAGAUAUCAAGAAGAUGCAACCGUUGAUUUUAUGAAACGCGGAAGAAGAAACUCUGAUUCAGCUGUGUAUUCCAAAGCAAGAGAAGAUCCGCUUAUCAUAAGAAUUCAACGAGUUGAGGCUGAAUUACAACAUUACAGUCAAAAAGUAAUAAGCUUGGUGCAAAUAAUUGAUAGCAUGAGAAUAGGCCAAUUUGAGGAAGGUGACAAAUCCUGUGUUGCUGGGGAUGAGAUCAAGAGAAGAGACAAGAUGGGAGAAUUUCAGCCAGAUGCAGCUGACUUGAUGGGUGCUGAAAAAUUUGCCUUUGUACAGAAUUACUUAGACAAUUUCCAAGAGACGCACAGUAUUACGACUGCAACAAGUGAUAGCGCGCUGGGAACACACACCGUACCAUCCGAAUUUGAAACAGAAGACAUUAGAGAUACCAGUAACCUCUGUUUGAAAGAUCUUAGUCCUGGCGUGAGAAGAGAGUUGGAGAAAACAUUUGGAGACCGGGAUGUUCGUGAAAAAUUCGAACAGUUUUUUGGACUUCAGAGGAAUUUUUACUCGGGCUAUUUUUACUCUCAAGGGAAGAUUAUAGACUGUAUCGGAGGGCUUUUCCCUGACACUCCUGUCAGCAUACUAAAAGAGUUUUUUGAAGCCGUGCAGCUUUACGAUGUUGCAGAGCUUUUGGCAAAAGUGAGACCUCGUUCUCUUCAUCCUGUAAUUUCUUCAGAAGAAGUAGAAACAUUGAGAAGUGGUAAUCUACCCACAAGCUACCACAACAAAACUUUUGUUGUGAUUAUUAAUGACAGUGUCGAAGGGAACAACGCGAAAAAGAUUGAUACGUUUUUUAAAGAUUUAAAUUCAAGGAACACAGUAACACUCGUAGAAUCCAUCCUGACCGAAGAAAAACGAAAGGAUCUUAGUAACUUGCAAAGAAAAAUACAAAGAGAGAGAGAGCUAGAAAAAACUUUAGAAGCUAUGAUUGAGGAUAGGAGCAUUUUUGAAACCAUUUAUGGACGAAAUCGACUUAAAAAAAAUCGUGAUUCAAUCGUGAAAGAGGCUGCAUUUUUGAGGAAGGAGAUGCACAAGAAAAUUGAGCUAAUGAAUGAGCUGAAGGAGAAGAAUCAGGAAGCUACGAUGAAUUUAUCAACAGCUAUGGACCUCUGCAUUCGCAAUCCAGAGAAAUUCACCUUUAUUGCAGUAUUUUUUAUCAUCGACGAAUAUUCCUCUAUUCUUGAUAAUGCAGCAUUGAAUGAAAUUGUGGCGAACACGUUGGCAUUGCUUCCCAAUCACGCAAAACUCGUGGUUGGUGCACCCCCCUUGGAGUCGAGAAGGAUUAUCCCUGAGAGUCUAUAUGUAACGUUUAGUGACAUACUACAUGAUUACGCAGUCGAUUCGAUGAUUGAGAUUUUCACCAAGCGAUGGUACACCUUGGAUCUCCAUUCAAUGAUGAAAGAAUGGAGCAGAACUCUGCAAAGGUCAGUAGGGCGAUUCUCGAGAAGCACUUUAAGCACUUUUUCAACUCUUCAUAGGUUUGAGAAAACAAAAGAUCAAGGAUGUGAAGAAAACUAAUGUUACCAUUAUUAACUGGAUGCAGUUAAGUCAGGACAUCCAGUUCGGAACUUCUUCAGUUAUGAUUGAUACUCAUGAUCAACGAGUGCCAGUUCUAACUAAUUGCAAUAAUAAGUGUCCAUACAGCAAACUCGUUCUCUCUUUCGUGGGUAUUAUGUAGGGGGUUAUGCGUAUCUAAACACGAAUAAUUUCGUAUAGGUGAAAAUUGCAUUCGUACUAUGCGAAGACUAAACGUCAAAAUUUGAAAUAGAAUGAUUACUUUAAUUGGUAAAGAACUCAGUCGUAUCCCCUGUUUAGGGGACACUUUUUAUGACCGAGAAGACUGCCCCUUCAAUAAAGUUAACCUACCAAUAUUUGUAACAAAUUGGUCGCUAACUCUCGAUAAUGAGUGGGUAAAAAAUAGUAAAAAAUAAAUUUCAAAAGACCUUUUCUAUCACUCGAAGUCUUGUGAAUGUCAAGUGUAUUCCGUCACGUUAUUCCCAUGUAAUUGCGUAGGAAAUGAUUGUCUUAAGGAAAUAUAGAUUAAUUCACUCAGUUAUGUAGAUUGGCUGAGAACGUUUACAUGAUAAGCUGAAUUAUACACGCAUUUUGAUUGGUUCUUAAAAGCCCAUUUCCGAAUUACCCUUGGCCUCAUUUUCAAAAUGAG